CAAACAAAAUCAGAAUCGUCGGCCAUGCCCCAAGAACCACGCCGAACUCGUUCUUGAUCCAACCGCUUUCUUUCCGAUCGAGCCCAAAUAACGACACUCUAAUUCUACGGUUCUCCGUUCCGCCGCAACCAACCGCUUUCUUUUCGAUCGAGCCCAAAUACGCCACGUUGUUCAUCUCUUUCUGAGUUUUCACUCUUCUUAUUAGAUUCUGAAUUCAUAAUUUUUCAAUGGCGAGUUAUGUAUGGAGAAAAUAUGCAGAUUAUUUGUACACAAAAUGUGAGAAAACCUUUCUAUGGGACAUGGUUGAACCUUACAGAAGACCUAAAUCAUUCACUCCCGUUGUUGUUACUUAUGUCGCCGCUUUCUAUACUAGAGUCAUCGGUGCCGCCGUCACUGAACAACUCUACAAGGAAAAGUACUGGGAAGAGCACCCUGGGAAAGCAGUUCCUCUCAUGAAACCAAAGUUUUAUGGUGGUCCGUGGAGGGUAAUGGGGGGUGAGAUUCCCAGAUAUGAGUAAAAAGUUCUUGAGGCAUGUUUCAUGCUUAGCUCCGAUUCACCAUAUCUUAGUACUGUUUAUAAUUAAGGACUGUUUGGUGUCAAUGAAAAUGCACUACUGCAUAUGUAAUCCAGAGCGUGUUUUCUCUUCUCCUGGCUCAUGACUUUGCUGGAAAAUAAAAUGAUUUUAUUCCAAUAUA